AAAUAUCGAAUAACUUUUCUGUAUUGUAGGCGACGGGGCUUUUAUUUUGCUCUGGUGGCAUGACGUCAUAAGGCUGCGCCGCACUCCUGCGUCCGUCUUUCAGCUGAAGAAAGGACAAAGUGUUGAAACACAGAAAAACUCCCGCUGAAGAGACUGAGAUCCACGUGACUCUUUAGAUGGCGUUUAUUAAAGAGGAGAGUGAAGACAUGAAGACUAAAGAAACAUUCAGAGUCAAACAUGAAGAUAUUGAGGAACAAACAGACUUAAUGGCACUGAAAGAGAAGAGUGAAGUACUGAAUGAAAUUGAAGAGAAAGAUCAUGAUUCCAUAAAUGGAGAAACAUCUUUGAGGUUUUCACAGACUAAAAAGACUUCCUCAAGAAAAAGGACUCAAAAGAAAAGAGAAAAGCUAUACGCAUGCCAACAGUGUGGAAGGAGUUUUACUCAACUUAGACACCUUGGAGUCCACAUGAGAGUUCACACAGGAGAGAAACCUUAUACCUGCCAACAGUGUGGAAAGCAUUUCAGUCAUAGAGUAAGUCUUAAAAGACACAUUAGAAUUCACACUGGAGAGAAGCCAUACACAUGCCAACAGUGUGGAAGGAGUUUCACUCAACCUGGUCAACUUGGAGCCCACAUGAGUGUUCACACUGGAGAGAAACCUUACAAAUGCAAACAGUGUGGAAGAAGUUUCAACAGGAAAGGAAAUCUUAAUUGCCAUAUGAGAAUUCACUAUAGAGAGCAGCCUUACGCACAUGAUCAGUGUGGAAAGAGUUUUGAUGAACAUGACAUCCUUGAAGUCCACAUGAGAACUCGUAGAGAAAAACCCUACAUGUGCCCUGAGUGUGGAAAGCGGUUUAAUCAUAAACAACGUUUUGAAGACCACAUAAGAAUUCACACUGGAGAGAAGCCUUUCAGCUGCCAAGAAUGUGGAAAAUGUUUCCGCCAAAAAGGAAACCUUAACAGGCACAUGACAGUUCACACUGGAGAGAAGCCGUUUAUAUGUUGUCACUGCGGAAAGAGUUACAGAUAUACAGCAGGACUCAAGUACCACAUGAGGUUUCACAUAUGAGUGAACUAUAUUUUUACUAGAGCCCAACAGAUAUGGGUUUUUUGGGGGCCAAUGCUGAUACUAAGGAAUAAAAAAGACCGAUAUAUCGGCCGAUAUUCUUUGUGUAGGCUAUAAUAUAUUACAGUAUUGUCAAAAGUUUGGACACAUUUCCCAUUCAUGUGUCCAAACUUUUGACCAGUACUGUAUAUAGAAUACAGUAUAUAUAGCCUACAUUAAAAUUAUACAUACAAAAAAUGUUUGCAAUGAUAACAAAUGUGGU